AUGGCGUUCAGUGAAGUGGAUGGAUAUCAAGCAGUACAAUACUGUUUUCCUCUCCACAACUCGUCUUGCGUUAAGGAGGAACGAUCCAUAGCAGAAAAUAUACUCCUGCACCUUUUCUUUUUCUCUGUGUCAUCAUUCACAGUGUUUGUGAAUCUGCUGGUGAUCAUCUCCAUCUCUCACUUCAAGCAGCUCCACACUCCAACCAACCUGCUCAUCCUCUCUCUGGCUGUGUCAGAUCUCCUGGUUGGGAUUGUUGUGAUUCCAGUGGAGGGCAUCAAAGUCAUCGAGUCAUGCUGGUAUCUUGGUGAAACAACGUGUUCAGUUUUUCAUGGGAUUGUUUUCUCUGUCAUUUUUUCAUCUCUAUACAAUUUAGUCAUCAUAGCUGUUGACAGAUAUGUUGCUGUUUGUGAUCCUUUACUCUACAUUUCAAAAAUAACUAUUGGAAAAACAUUGACUUCUAUAUUCCUAACCUGGAUAUUUUCUUUUAUAUAUAAUCUUGUUAUUCUAUACUGUAAUGGUCAAUGGUAUCGUUCUCAGGCACACAAGAACUGCCAUGGAGAAUGUGUGUUGAUUAUCAGUUUUACAUGGGGAAUUAUUGACCUUUUUGUCUCCUUUGUUGCACCUUGUUCUGUUAUUAUAUGCUUAUACAUGAACAUUUUCAAAGUGGCAAGAAUUCAAGUAAAAGUGAUGAAUAUCACAACCAGGAUCAAGAUGUCAGAGAAUAAGGCAACCAAAACACUGGGGGUUGUGUUAUUGGUUUUCCUCGUCGGUUGGAUCACAUAUUACGUUGGUUCACUUUCUGAGGACUACUUGGCACAUUCAGAUGUCAUCAUAGCAUUUCUCUCCUGGGUUGUGUACAUUAAUUCAUUCAUUAACCCUCUGAUAUAUGCAUUGUUUUACCCAUGGUUCAAAACAGCAGUAAGACACAUCUUAACCUUACAUAUCCUAGCACCCUCAUCCUCCUUAAUAAAUCUCUUUCCAGAAAAUUGUUAG